AUGAACCCUCCUUCAGGGCCCAGAGCCCAGGAGCCCAGUUGUGUGGCCACCCCAGCCUCACCCAGCAGGUGGGACGGCUCCCGGAGCAGCACCUCCAGCCUGGGCCAACCUCUGGCCAUCAGUGCCACGGCAGCCGGGGCUCAGGGUGCUGCCUGGGUCCCCUUCCCAACAGUGGAUGUUCCAGACCAUGCCCACUACACCCUGGGCACAGUAAUCCUGCUGGUGGGGCUCACAGGGAUGCUGGGCAAUCUGAUGGUCAUCUAUACCUUCUGCAGGACCAGAGGCCUCAGGACACCCUCCAACAUGUUCAUUAUCAACCUUGCGGUCAGCGACUUUUUCAUGUCCUUCACCCAGGCCCCCGUCUUCUUCGUCAGCAGCCUCCAUAAGCGGUGGCUCUUUGGGGAGGCAGGCUGCGAGUUCUAUGCCUUCUGUGGGGCUGUCUUCGGCAUCACCUCCAUGAUUACCCUGAUGGCCAUCGCUCUGGACCGCUACCUGGUGAUCACGCACCCACUGGCCGCCAUUGGGGUGGUGUCCAAGAGGCGGGCAGCACUUGUCCUGGUGGGCGUCUGGCUCUAUGCCCUGGCCUGGAGUCUGCCACCCUUCUUUGGCUGGAGCGCCUACGUACCAGAGGGGCUGCUGACCUCCUGCUCCUGGGACUACAUGAGCUUCACGCCUUCAGUCCGAGCCUACACCAUGCUGCUCUUCUGCUUCGUGUUCUUCCUCCCCCUGCUGGUCAUCAUCUACUGCUACAUCUUCAUCUUCAGGGCCAUCCGGGAGACAGGCCGGGCUCUCCAGACUUUCAGGGCCUGUGAGGGCGGUGUCAGGUCCCCACGACAACGGCAGCGGCUGCAGAGAGAGUGGAAAAUGGCUAAGAUUGAGCUGCUGGUCAUCCUUCUCUUUGUGCUCUCUUGGGCCCCCUACUCCACUGUGGCCCUGACGGCCUUUGCUGGGUACGCCCAUGUCCUGACGCCCUACAUGAACACAGUGCCUGCUGUCAUCGCCAAGGCCUCUGCCAUCCACAACCCCAUCAUCUAUGCCAUCACCCACCCCAAGUACAGAAUGGCCAUUGCCCAGCACCUGCCCUGCCUGGGAGUGCUGCUCGGUGUGUCAGGCCAGCGUACUGGCCCCUUCGCCAGCUACCGCUCCACGCACCGCUCCACACUGAGCAGCCAGGCCUCAGACCUCAGCUGGAUCUCCGGACAGAGGCGCCAUGCAUCCCUGGGCUCAGAGAGCGAGGUGGGCUGGAUGGACACAGAGGCAGCAGCCAUGUGGGAGGCUGCCCAGCAAGUGAACGUACGCUUCCCCUGCAGUCAGGGCCUGGAGGACAUGGAAACCAAGGCCCCUCUCAGGCCCGGGGGGCAGGAAGCGGAGACUUCUGAGAAGACCAAGGGGCUGCUCCCCAGCCCGAACCCCAGGAUGUAGGGUGCCCAUUGGCUCCCCUUUUCUUCUGGGACACAUCCAGCCCCUUCACCUCCCCCUCAUACACACAGACCCAGGAUUACCCCCAGGAGCCUGCGGGCUUUGAAGUGGCCCUGUCACCUGUGCCGUGCUGGAUUCACGGCCCCAACACCACCAAACUCCUGCCCUGCCAAGUGCUCUCAUCUCAACAGCCGGUACCCCAGGCUCAGCCUGAAGUGCGGGAGCCCAGGCCCUCCUGCUUCCCGCAGUCGUCCGCCUCUCCUCAAAUGCUGUGUGCUGUGAUUGUCCAGGCAAUGACAAUGGCGACAGCUCCGUGGGACACGCUGGCUAACUGUGAGCUGCCUCUGCACCCAGGCUGGGCCUUUCACUGACACGGGCAGGCCAGCUUGGCAUCCCUGCAGCCCACCUUGGAAGCCAAGCACAGACCUUCCUGCACAGGAAACCAUCAUUUGCCUGUC